AUGGACGAGAGCACGGGGAAAAACAGUGGCAAGCAUAAGGACAAGACCAGGCGCAAGAAACCGGGCAAGAAUGCGCACAAUGUCCAUAUGCGCGGCAAACCCUGCAGCAGCAGCAAGCACCCCCAGUACCACAAGAAGAGGCCGCACCCGCCGGGGGAGAGAGAGCUGGCGAAGAAGGUGCGCGAUGCCGUUUUAGAGCUAAAGGCUGUGGACCGAGCCCUGGCCGACGAAGGCACGUACCUGGGUAUCGUGGACAAGGCCGAGCUCGAGAAACGGAGGUAUAUUCUGGUGAGGAGGCGCUUCGUCCUCAGGGAGGAAAGGGAGUUGGUGCAGAAACUUCGCGUCGAGGUUAAGAAAGGUGCGGGGGCGGCGCCUUGUGACGGUCCGCAGCACACUCAUGGCCUCACUUUCUUGUCGCUUGAGGGAUGCACUUUUGAUCGCUCGCUCCGUCCGGCCGUAGGGUUGUUUGCUUUGCAGUUUGAAAACGAAUAG